AUGACUGACGGCCAUAGUGCUCCCGUGGCCGACGCCCCUGCAUCAGCAGGGGCCGACAAUGCUGCCGCACCCGUACCAGCCGACGUACGCUCGCAUGCUGUUCACCACCAUAAUACGGCCCCAUCGCACGAGAAGGAGCAGGCCUCCUCGGUGGGCCGUCUGACUCCACGGCCAACGUUUCUAGAACAUUUGGCCAACUCGCGAGAUUCGCAGUUCAAGCUCGAUCGACGGGACUCCAGUGAACUGGAUCGAUACUUUCAUGGCCCUCGCAAUAUGGACAAGCACUCCAAGUGGCCGAUCUUCAUGCGGAUGCACGGUAGUGUCAUGCCGAAGAUGAUCCUGCCGCUGCUCUUUGUUGCUGCUUGGUCGACCUUGAUUACCUUGAUCUCCAAAAAUUUUCACUCUCUUGGCAUCAACAAUAUCCUGCUCACCGUGCUGGGUUUCGUGGUGGGUCUGGCUUUGUCGUUCCGCAGCUCGACUGCAUAUGAGAGAUGGGCGGAUGGACGCAAGUACUGGUCUCAGCUCAUUCAGACAUCUCGCAACCUUUCACGAACAAUUUGGAUCAACACCGGCGAAAGGGAAGGCGAAGAAGGAAAAGAUGAUCUCCUGAGAAAACUCUCUGCCAUGAAUCUCAUUUUGGCCUUUGCCGUCGCCCUGAAGCACAAGCUUCGAUUCGAGCCAGAUAUUGCUUACGAGGAUCUGGCUGGUCUUGCCGGACAUUUGGAUACCUUUGCCCGUGACGCCCACGACCGGACAGUUGUCAACCCUCGUGCCAAGUCUAUUUGGAAGUCGGUGGGUGAAUAUCUUGGCGUGUCUUUCGCCGAGUCGAACCCCCGCAAGUUGGUCAAGCGGUCAAAAAAGCCCGUGGGACAUCUUCCCUUGGAGAUUCUUAACCAUCUGUCCGCAUAUAUCGAUUCGUGUGUUGCCAAUGGUACACUUACAUCAGCCCUGCACCAGGGCCAAGCCAUCACCAUGAUUGCCACCUUGAACGAAGUAUUGACAGGCACAGAGCGUGUUCUGGACACCCCUCUGCCAACAGCGUAUUGUAUUGCCAUCUCUCAGAUCGCAUGGAUCUAUAUCCUGGUGCUUCCAUUCCAGCUGUACACUGCUUUGGAGUAUAUCACCAUCCCCGCUUCAAUUGUGGCCGCCUACAUCAUCCUCGGCUUGGCUACAAUCGGCAGUGAAAUCGAAAACCCCUUUGGCCUGGACGUGAACGAUCUUCCCCUGGACUCAUACUGCCGUCAGAUUGCCGUGGAGAUCGAUAUCGUUAGUGCCACGCCGUGCCCGAACGUCGAUGAUUACAUGGAACGUGCCGACAAUCUCGUUCUCUUCCCUCUUAGCCAGAUGGGAUACCCUGACUGGAAGGAGAGAAGCGUCGAGGAUAUCCGCGGUGCACUCAGAACUAAAGUGGUUGCCAGCCCAUCAGCUCCGGCGUCAGAUACCUCUACCAUUGUGGAGAAUCUUCGCAUGAAGUCCUCAGGGUCUGUCUAA